AUGGCGGUUUCUGAUGCACUCAGCUGUUUAUCAGGCCUGGCUUUUACUAUCAAUCAGCUUUUAUACAUUCACGGAAACAUGACUUUAUUACAGAAAAACAUUACAUGUCACUUAAAUGUUAUCGUUAUCUAUUCAUCUUAUUAUACUUCUACUCAUACUUUAACCUUCCUUAGCAUUGAUCGAUACUUUGCUAUUGUACGUAAUUAUCAAGUAUUGAAGAAUGGCCAAAGAACUCGGCUUGUCAUUUUUACUACCUGGUUCUUUGGAAUUAUUAUAGCUAUUCCAAUCAUUCUACUUACUGGUGUCUCAGAAGCAUUGCCUUAUGUUUGUGAUUACAUUAAUGCUGAAAAAUUUGUUGCCCAAAUUUACAUGGCGGCACUGAUUAUAAUUGAAGUGAUAUUGCCAGGUAUAAUUGUUGUCUUUUGCUAUAACAAAACCGUCAGUUAUAUGAAUAGGCGAAUUAGGACGGUACAAGAGAUUUGCGAAAAUAAAACGAAUGAAAAACAUACUAAAGAUGCAAUAAAGAUGCUUUUUGUGGUUACAAUCGUAUUUAUUUCCUUUUCAUGUGCUUUUCAUAUCUCUAAACUAAUAAUAACAUUAACUAAUAAGACCAUGAUUGAUAUGUAUUUUCAAAAUUUACCCAAUUUUUACUUAUAUACUGAUGGAAUUGGUUUGUGCCUUAAUAUUAUAAAUCCUGUCAUUUAUUGCAUUACUAGCAAAUCAUUUCGUAGAGCUCUAAUGGCGUUCUUAAAAUCAAAUAAGGUUCAGCAACGUAUAGUGACAUCUAAUAUGGACAACAUCUUUACUCAUAGUGCUUGGUAA